AUGGCCGAACCAAUCGCCAAGUCUUUAGAAAAGACAGACGAACAUCAGCCGUCAGACAUUGCCAAUGGCGAGUUUGGCUCCGAGAACGAGACUCUCCGAAGAAAUCUCAGCCCACGUCAGGUGCAGUUCUUCGCGAUAGGAGGCUCCAUUGGUACUGCGCUGUUCAUCAGCAUUGGCUUUGGGUUGCUACACGGAGGAGCUGGCAGUCUCUUGUUAGCUUUCAUCGCUCAAGGGAUCAUGAUGACCUUCGUGAACAACGCAAUGGCCGAGAUGACCAUCUUUAUGCCGGUGAGCGCCGCGUUUAUUCAGCAUGGGGGUGCUUGGGUCGACCAGGCAUGGGGCUUCAUGUUGGGUUGGAACUUUUUCGUCUUCGAAGCGUUCCUGCCUGCAUUCGAGAUCACAGCCGUGGACCUCGUCUUGACAUUCUGGCGAGAUGAUAUACCAUCCGCCGCUGUCAUCACGGCCUGCAUUGCUACAUAUGGACUUACCAACGCCUUCGGGGUCAAAUACUUCGGCGAAGCCGAGUUCUGGCUCUCAGGAGGAAAGCUGGUUCUAAUCAUCAUUCUGUACUGCUUCACAUUCGUGACCAUGUGCGGAGGCAACCCGCAGAAAGAUGCCUAUGGAUUUCGGAACUGGACGAAGCCUGAGCCAUUUCUGGAGUAUCUCUCGACCGGCAGAUUGGGACGAUUCGAAGGCUUCCUGGCAGCCUUAUGGCAAGCCAAUUUCAUCAUGGUCGGUCCCGAGUACCUCGCUGCCUGUGCAGGUGAGGUUCAGCGCCCGAGAACCUCGCUCAAGACGGCCUUUCGAAGUGUCUACAUUCGAUUUGCUCUGUUCUUCAUACUUGGCGCUAUCUGCGUUGGUACCGUGCUGUCCGCCAGGGACCCGACGCUUGUCAGGGUUCUCGGUUCGGGAGAAACGGGCACCAGCGCGGCUUCGGUCUACGUCAUCGCCAUGAAGAAUAUGGGCAUCGAUACUUUACCCCACGCUGUUAAUGCUCUUCUUUUGACGAGCAUCUACUCCGCGGGUGACUGUUACAUGUUUACGGCGAUCCGCAGCCUGUACGCCAUGGCAUCCGGAGGACACGCGCCACAAAUCUUCACGAAGACUACGAAGAAUGGUGUGCCAAUCUACUGCUUUGCAGUCGCGAUUGCAAUCUCGUGUCUGGCAUACCUGAAGUUGAGCGCCAGCACUGUGACAGUUCUGAACUGGUUCAUCAACUUGGCCACGGGCGGCCAGCUAGUGACCUACAUUGCCUGUUGUGUGAACUAUCUGUUUUUCUACCGCGCGUUGAAGGCCCAAGGGUUUGACCGCAAAGACUUGCCGUAUUGUGGUUGGUUUCAACCUUACAGCACUUGGAUCGCUCUGAUAUGGCUUGUUCUGAUUGAGAUCUUCUGGGGUUAUGUCAUUUUCCUCCCGGGAGGGUGGGACGUAGGAACCUUCGUCAGCAAGUAUGGUAUGGCCUUGCUGGCUAUUGCAACUUUCACCUUUUGGAAGUUGUUCAAACGGACCAGUUUCGUCGAUCCUGACGAGGCUGAUCUGGUUUGGAUUCGACCAGCUGUAGACUUGCACGAGAGGAUGAUGAGCGAGGUACCAAUUGUUGGAUUCCGUGAGGGAGUCGGAAAGUUUUUCAGAGCCCGUCUCAGGCGAUCAGAGAAGGGCGAGAACUCUCCUGCUUGA